AUGAAAGGCAACAUUGUGCUGGAUACCAACGGUUCUGAUCAGGAAAUCCCAAAAUUCUCUGUCUAUUAUCAGAACACCAGAGGCAUCAGAUCUAAGCUUAGUGACAUCUAUUGUGAAGUAUUAGGAGAGAACUUUUGUGCCCUGGCUUUCACUGAAACCUGGCUAUCACCAGACAUACACAGCAGCGAAAUAUUAGACACCAGGUAUAAUGUUUUUAGGAACGACCGUAAUGCUCAAAAUAGUUCUAAAAGUCGCGGUGGAGGUGUUCUCUUAGCAAUAAACAACAAAUAUAAAUGUUCGCAAGUGUCUAGUGAGGACUCAGUGACUGAACAGGUGUGGGUGAAAGUUUGUAUCCCCUCACGCUCUCUCAUCAUAGGUUGCAUAUACCUGCCUCCCAAAUCUGCUGUCGAAACUUACAAUGCACAUAUGCUGUCUGUUCAGAGUAUCUGCGAUUUAAAUCGAAACUGUGACAUAGUAGUCGUCGGCGAUUUUAAUCUGCCAAAUAUUGUAUGGACUCAUGAGCCAGAUUUCGAUGGGCUUCUUCCAACCAAUAUUACAAAUGAAUGCGAAAUUUGUGUUUGUGAUAAUUAUUUUAAUUUGUGUUUUAACCAGCUCAACAACAUUGAAAACGCUAAUGGCAAAAUUCUUGAUCUAUGUUUCUGUAACUGCAGUGGCAUCGAAUUGGUAAAAUGUGCCGCUAUUUCUAAACUUGAUGUUUACCACCCUUGCUUUGUUGUGUAUCUAGAUAGUUACCAGGAUAAUUUAUUGUACAAUAGUAUCGAUUCCUUUUACAAUUUCAAACGAGCAAACUAUGAAGAAAUAGGCAGGUUUUUAAGUAACAUUAGCUGGCUAGAAAUUUUUUCAUCCGCCUCUAAUGUUAAUGAGGCACUUGACAGUUUAUAUUCUUUUCUGUAUCAAGCAAUUGUUCUGUUCGUUCCUGUUAGUUAUAAAUUUAAAUCAACCUACCCCGCAUGGUUUAACUCCCGUUCAAUAUCAUUAGUUAAAAUGAAAAAAGCUGCCCACAAACAGUACAAAGCUAGUAAAAGUGGUGCGGACUAUUUAAAAUUUGACAAGUUGAGAAGCCAGUGUAAGGAGAGCAUAAAGGCAUCUUACACAUCGUAUUUAAAUAAUUUAGAGACGGACUUAAAAAGGCACCCAAAGAAAUUCUGGAAAUUUAUCAGAACUAAAACGCGAACAUCUUUACCUCCACAGAUGAAAUAUAGAGAGUCCAUUUUAACUAGUGAAACUGAUAUUAGCAAUGCCUUUAUGGACUACUUUUACUCGGUGUAUGACGACUCCAAAUUUGUAAAAUCUCACUUAAAGUCGGACAUUUCUGUAGAUCUUAGUAUUAUCACUAUACACGCUUGCGAAAUAGAUCUUGCCUUGCGAAAUCUAGAUGUCAGCAAAGGCUGCGGUCCUGACGGCGUACCACCUGUUUUACUCAAAAAUUGUAAGGACAGUCUAGUACUACCAUUGCAUGUUUUAUUCAAUAUGUCAUUAAGUUCAGGCAUUUUCCCGGCAGCAUGGACGCAUGCCUAUUUAGUCCCGAUUUUCAAAUCUGGAUCAAUAACAGAAAUUGUCAAUUACCGCCCUAUUUCGAUUCUCUCUUCUGUUAGCAAGUGGAAGAACAACACGGGUUUUUUCAACGUCGAUCUACAAUUACUAACUUAA